GAGACGCCGCGCUUGGUGUGAUAGUUUUUAUUUUAGUUUUUAAGUUUAAAAUUAUUAAUGCCGGUGUCAAAAUUAUAUAGUAGGACACAGCAUUAUAUACGGCAUUCUCAAGAAAGUGAUUUAUUACGGAAAACAAUAGCAAACGUUUUCACUACAGGCGUCUGCAAGCACGAGUAGAAAGCGCCAAAGUAUAGUGUUGCAACUACCUCCUUAUCCUUUACAAACCUACUCAAACAGAAAUGGGACGUAGUCCAUCUCCAUCGCAUCGACGACGUGAAAAAGAGCGUUCUGAACGUAAAAAGCGUCGAGAACGGCGCUCUAGAGAACGUGAAAGGCAGCGGGAACGUGAAACAGGGGCUGGCGGUAGUCGUGCUUUGCGUAGACGUUCACAUGACAGAGGAGGUGGUGGUGGAGGGGAUCGAGACCGGACCCGCAGCCGCAGUCGGGAGCGAGACAGAGCAAGUCGUCGCCGUUCUAGAUCGCGUUCUCGCGGACACCCAUCUACUUCGGCGUCUACGUCGUCUGGGCGACGCGGCGCUGCCGCUGAACGUCCCAAAAUCACAGAAGCCGAUUUGGAAGGUAAAUCACCCGAAGAAGUAGAAAUGCUGAAAACAAUGGGAUUCUGCACUUUCGAUACCACCAAAAACAAGAAGGUUGAAGGCAACGAUGUUGGUGAAGUGCAUGUUAUCUUAAAGCGCAAGUAUCGUCAAUAUAUGAAUCGCAAAGGUGGCUUCAAUCGGCCGCUGGACUUUGUGGCAUAACACGUUGUCAAAGCGCGAACUAACGCGUGUACCCACACAAGUCUAUACACACUGGCGAUAUAUCGACGCACGCUCUUGUACUAAUGUUUUUAUUAUUACUAUAUUUUUUAGUAGUGCGUCUGCUGUAGUGCUCAGCAAUCACAUCUACAGCAGCAUGCACAAGACAAUCCUGCAAUUUUAUGCAAUAGACCGGUUUACAAAAUUCAAUUUUCAAAAUUUCCACCACACAUACCUCAUUAAUAUUUAAAAUAUUAAACUUUUUUUGUAUUGUCCUGUUUAAGUUUUCUCAUAGUUAGUAAGUAAUCUAUUAUAAAUGUGACAUGACUGCGAAGAGUUGAAAAGCUGCCCAGGAGCUGCAUCAUUUGAAACAAGUGCCAAUAUUGGCAGUAUUUAUGCUUUACGAGUUAUAGAGAGGCAUAAUUCCAAAAUAGACAUGCAUAUACAUUUUGUGCUCAUACUUAAAAAUUUAUUGUGAGUUGAUGUUAAUAUUUUGCUUGGAAAAUUAUUUUAAAAAUUUCCGAAGCAGCAAAUUCACUCUUCUCAAUUCAAUCUCGUAAAUAGAGAACAACGAGAUUUCAGUAAUUUUUUUUUUGAAUAUUUAAAGUAAUUAAAAUCACUUGAAACAUGAAAAUUUCAAAUGUUUUAAGGCUGAAAUGAAUUAAGGCGAAAGUACUUACGUUGUUGCCAGUUGCAUCGAUUGCUUUUAAAUAUGAUUUAUAGCAAUACAUACUAUCAAAAUGUAAUUGUUACCAAUUUUUUUUUUUUAUAAAAUGGACAGAAUUUCGCUUCGUUUUGAAUAUCGCCUGAACUCUUGCACUUGAUUCAUUUUAGUUCCAUAAAGUAAAAGAAAUUUGUAAGUCUCACACAGUUGAAUUAAAAUUUUACUAAAUACUUGGUACGUUUUGGCCGUCACGAAAUUUUUUAUGUACAACAAUUACUUGAAGUAUUUGAAAAUCAUAACAAUACAAUACAACAACAAAUUCCCAUAAACUCCUAUAGAAAUACAUAAAUAUAUCCCAGCACGCAUCUCAAUGCAUAACUCCCCCUAGUAUCCUCCAUACACUGCAAUAGUACAAUUUUUUAUCAAAAUAUUUUUUUUUACAAAUAUAGAAACUAUAUAUACACAAAUAACAUAACUGACCCGAACCUUACUUAUCCUACCCAACAUAACUAGCCUUACCCCUACCCCAUACAAUUUUUUACCCAUUCACCCCUCAAAUAAACCCAACUACAAUAGACCAAAUAUGCAAUAGCCAGGGAUUUAUAUAAUUAUUACAAAAAGAUUUGUUACAAUGGUAGUUAUUACAUACAUACACACAUACAUACUUGAAACAUGAAAAUAACUGUAAAAUAUGUAUUUAAACAUUUUUAUACAGAGUAAUAGAGUGUGAAGCUUUUUUUUACUGAA